AAUUUUUAAACGAGGAUAAUUGUAUCUGACUUUCUGUUGUCGGCAGAUACAGAGACAGAGGGGGCAUCUGCGCCAGAAAAUCGGAGCUUCAGAGAGAGAGGGGCUAUGGCGACACUCAUAAGCAGCUUCAUAUCAACGUUCAUGGCGGGCCAUGCCAACUCCAGGUGUUAUUUCUGGAAACCCUCGACGCCUUUUUCUACACAAGUUGUCCGCCCAAAUGUUCGAGCGUCUCCGGCUGCCGUCCUCAAAACUAGGCCGGAGCCUAUUGCAGUUGAAAGAGAGGCCAGCACGAGCAAGAACAUUUUGGCUUGUCCCAUCUGUUAUGACCCGUUGAUGUGGAAUGGUGAUCCAGGCUUAUCUGUAGAACCUGCACCUAGGUCCACUUUAAAAUGCAGCACUUGUAAGAAGACUUACUUUGGCAAUGAAACAUAUAUUGACCUGACAUUAGCUGGUGGGGCCAAGGACUAUGCUGAAGCAAUGCCUGCUUCCACUGAGAUUUUUAGGACUAGAUUGGUAUCAUUUCUCUAUGAGAGGGGCUGGCGUCAAAAUUUUAUAUUUAGUGGUUUCCCAGGGCCAGAGAAGGAGUUUGAAAUGACAAGGAAUUACCUCACACCGAUCUUAGGUGGAACAAUUAUUGAUGCCAGUUGCGGGAGUGGUUUGUUUUCGAGACUUUUUGCCAAGAGUGGAUUAUUUUCUCUGGUUGUUGCUUUGGACUUCUCAGAGAACAUGUUGCAGCAGUGUUAUGAAUUUCUUAAGCAGGAUGAAAGCUUUCCCAAAGAGGACUUAAUCUUGGUAAGGGCUGAUAUAUCUCGACUCCCAUUUGUUUCAAGUUCUGUUGAUGCUGUGCAUGCUGGUGCUGCUUUGCACUGUUGGCCUUCACCCUCGGCAGCUGUAGCUGAAAUAAGUCGAGUUUUGCGACCUGGUGGAGUUUUUGUUGCUACUACAAGCAUAUAUGAUGGGCCGUUUGCUAUGUUUCCAUUUUCACAGACACUACGCCAGUUGGAAGAAUGACUUCUUCUCCAAACUUGGUGCUCAUCCUCUGCAAUCCUGCAUUCAAUCUGCACUUUAUGAUUUGCAGUGGAAUUUGAAUUCUUGAAAAAGCAACAUUUCAGGACUUACGUGAAAAUCACAUAGCAUGCCCUAUGCAUCUGUAGUUGGGCAACAAAUAUUUUGACAAGUUCGUCCAUUUUGUCAUUAGCUUUACUUUUAAGUGUUUGAACUUUCUUUCUGGACUUGUGUCGACUUUUAUCUGACUGGUGGUGGAUAAUUUUUUUUCCCUUCGUAGAACAUUGUGCGAUUCUCAGGCAGCCGCAUCUUUUUAUCUGAAAAUGAACUGGAAGGUCUUUGCAGAUCUUGCGGGCUACUGGGUUUUACUAGCGAGAGGAAUGGGCCUUUUGUUAUGAUCUCUGCUACAAAACCGAGCUAAGCAUAUGGUUCUUUGUGCCUAUGCCUCUUUGCCUCAAUUUUUCAGAAUUUAUUAAGUUCAUUUUUAUUUGGACGUUUACUGCAGAAAGCUAAACUUGUGUGUGUUUCUUGUAUAUGAAGGUUAUGUUUAAAUUGUUGAGGUUUUAUCACCCACAUCUGUAAAAAUUAGGUCAUUCAUGGAUGGAAAAGACUUAUAGAGUGCAGUGAACGGGGUGAAAGGUUGUUUUAUAUGUUGUUGCCCAUGGAUUAUGUCUUAUUUAAAGUUUGCCAGUUUAAAAGAUGGCUUUGUUAAACUA